UGUCUCUCCCAUUGCUGCAGUGGAGGAGCGCACGCAGAGCCCAACACUGUUCCUGGUGUUACAUAGCCUCUCCCCCUCCUCCUCAGCACUCCAUUCCUCUGAGGGCUUGGAUAAAAUAGAAAAACGACGCUGAAAAAUCAAGAGAGAAAGAGUGAGACAGCAAGAGAGAGAGAGAGACGUAAGCGGUAGGGACAGACAGAAGACCCGACGGCAGGCUGAGAUUUGUGUGCGUGCGCUUCUCAUGACGGUUCCAUGCCCUCCCAUCAUCGUGUGAAGACGCAGCGUAUGCGCUCCAAUGUCUCCAGAACCUAGACGCGCUGGAAGCUUCGAUGGUUGGCUUGCUGUGUCAUAUCUGGUUAGCCCGUGAAGUGGCUCUCCGAGACAGAUGGAAGAAGAUGGCCGGAGCAGAUCACCCCAGCUCAUGAGGACAAUACCCCCCUGAUUCCAGACCUACUUCAGUGCUAAAUGGAUUUUGAAUACCAAAACCCGCAGUAUUCCCCUUGGUCCCCGUCUCAACACUUCGAUGAAGACAGACGCCUCCCUCCACCCAGGAACAUGAAGGGCUUAUCGGGUGGCCGCCCCCAGCAGCACCAGAUCCCUUCUCCCCAUGGCCUGGACUACGACCACCCCCACGAGUUCCAUGGGCACCAUGGCUCUGACUCCCGCCACCCAUCUUACCUGCUCAGCCCCACUGAGAGCUGCCCCAUGGACUACCUCCGCUACUCCCCCCGCAGCUCCAUCCACUCCGACUGCAUGGUGAUGUCCCCUGUCCUGAUGGCUCCACCCGCCCCCGUAGACUACGUAUCCAGCAGCACCUUCCCCAGAAUGCACUACAGCUCCCCAUACUACGACUCGGCAACGCGGGACGACUGCGCUGCCAUCACUGCCUCCGCCACCUCCUCCGCCGCAGUCGCUGCCGCUGCCGCUUCCUCCUCCGCCUCCUCGCACCACGCCGGUGCCAAGAGCAACCGCAUCCCCGCCAACCUGCUGGACCAGUUUGAGAAGCAGCUGCCGCUGCAGCGCGACGGCUUUCAUACGCUGCAGUACCAGCGCACCGCCACCACCACCACCACAGAGCAGCGCGCCGAGAGCCCCGGACGGAUCCGCCACCUGGUCCACUCUGUCCAGAAGCUCUUCACCAAGUCCCACUCCCUGGAGGGCUCUUCCAAGAUGAACGGCACCAAGGGGGAGGGUGGCGGGGGUGGGAGUCACCACGGCCACCAUUCUUCCAAGCACGGAAGCAAGCGCAGCAAGAGCAAAGAGCGCAAGCAGCGCUCAGGCGGCUGGUGGAGCUCCGACGACAACCUGGACAGCGACAGCACCUACCGCACACCCAGCGUCAUGAGCCGCCAUCACCAUGGCGAGCACGCCUCCCACUGCUACCCGGACUCCAUGCACAGUCACUUUGGGGACCUGUCACUCAAAACUUCCAAGAGCAACAACGACGUCAAGUGCUCGGCGUGCGAGAGCAUUGCCAUGGCGCCCGAGGGGAAGUUCAUGAAGAGGAGUUCGUGGUCCACAUUGACGGUGAGCCAGGCCAAGGAAGCGUACAGAAAGUCCUCACUCAACCUAGAAAAACCCAUGAUACACACAGACCUGAAGCCUUCGCUGCGGGCCUGUCACUACCUGCAGGUUCCUCAGGAUGAGUGGAGUGGAUACCCAGGGGAUAAGGACGAGGAGAUCCCGUGUAGAAGGAUGCGCAGCAGCAGUUAUGUGAAAGCCAUGGGAGAUGACGAGAGUGGCGACUCAGACACCAGCCCUAAGACAUCACCCCAGAAGGCAGUCCGGCCCGAUGCCCUGGUCCUCAAAUCAGUCCUGCAUAGGCCCCAUAUAGAUCCCCAAAGCCAGAGCUACCACUUGCAAACCACCAGAGACAUGCGUCCCCACCCCAGCGUCACCCUGGACCCCGCCACCACCUACAACCCCCCUCAGUUCCGCUCACGGAACCAGAGCUACAUGCGAGCGGUCAGCACCCUCAGCCAGGCUAGCUGCGUCAGCCAGGUGAGUGAGACUGAGAUCAAUGGCCAGUUUGAGUCAGUUUGCGAGUCCGUUUUUAGCGAAGUAGAAUCCCAGGCCAUGGAGGCCUUGGACCUGCCUGGCUCGUUCCGCACACGAAGCCACAGUUACCUGCGUGCAAUUCAGGCUGGGUAUUCCCAAGACGACGACUGCUUGCCUUCAAUGACAUCCUCCACUGUCACUUCAACUCUCAGAUCCACAACAGAGGGAUAUGAUGUGCUGGAUGGCACCUCUUUACUAAACGAAGACAUGAUAGACGAUGACGACGGAGCCAGCUCUUCUGCUUAUGUGGAGCUGGAGCGCCUGGAGAGGGAGAACGCAGCAGCUCGGAGCCAGCAUAGCACCAGUUCUACCGUAACCGCCAUAUCUGUCCCCCCGGCGUCCCCUCCGGUCUACAGGGUCCCGGCCCCACCUCCCAUUGCUGCCCCUGACCCCCCCAUACCUCAGGCCAUCCAGGCCUUCAAAGAGUCUGCCAACAUGGUGGCCGCCUUCAACAUGCAGUGGAAGGAGGAGAUCUCAGCCAUGCGCUACGAGCUGGCGGAGCUGCGCAGGGACGUGUGUGGCGAGUUGAAAACCUUCAACAGCAACUUCUUCAACUUCACUCAGUGCUACAACAUGUGGACCCUCUGCCGAGAGACGGGCAGCGACAGCACCACACAAACUGAGGGCCGGGUGUCUGUGGGGAUCCAGGCUGGUGCCAGUGGGCCUGUCAGGCAGAACACAGAGGACAAGUCCGUCAUGUGCCAGCCGGAACCGACCCCUUUCAGCAUCAUGGACCUAAUGGACCCCCCCCGCAUCGAGAUCACAGUAGACACACCAGAGGGUUCGGGCAGCCCCACCAGCCCGGCCAGCCCCCUCAGCCCCCGGCCGCUGGAGGACUCCACGUGGGACAACAACAACAGGAAACAGAGGCACCAGAAGCGCUCAGAUGGCCGCAGGAGUUCCAGUCUGGAGCUCUGGAGCAGGAAGUACACCAGUGGGCCCAUGUCAUACCUGUCAAUGUCAUUCUAAUCAUUCCCAUUCUACAUCGGGGAAACAUAAUGAAACCAUCCAAAAGAACCAAGGAAGGAACCAGGGUAUAAAAUCCUGAACAGAGACAGGGAGGGCAGUGUUGUCUGUAGACAUACCUUCAUCUAUGCAGACACAUAUAUGUUAAAACUCUCAUAUAAGGAACUAAAUUGGUAGUUACACUUUGUAAUUGUUAGGCCAUUAUAAAUUAAUGCUUCGGAUGGUUCAUUUCGACUACUUUCCGGGGGAAUGUAAAAUAUAUUGAUGCAAAUGUGAUUGAAAUGAAUCCCUAAGUGCCAAUGAGUGGCCCCUCUCUAUUGAGUCUAUUGUAUUCUUCUCCAUUUUGUAGCUGAUGAAAAAUAGUCUCACGGCCACGAGUCAGCUGUUCUGUUUAAACUCAGUAGUGGAACCUCUCCACAGAUGUUCACCAGUCUGAGGGGAAUACAGGCUAUUGUUGAGUGACGGAGCGUCACACCUUUCUGAUCAGAGUGAUGAGGGGAAGAACUGUGCAAUAGACCGUACACUUAGAAAACAGAUACUGCAAAUUAUCUGAUUAAUUAAACAAAUAAAGCUGAAGUUUAUUUAGCUACAAAAUCUCAACACUAUUAUCAGUUCCACCACACUAAUUAUGGGGUGGGAUGAAGUCACUAGAAGUCCAGAUACUGUUCUCUCUGCUCUGCCUAUGGGGAAUGUAGGUUACGCAUACCCAUUCCAGUUUCUCCUCAUGUAGAAACAUUACCUGAAGCACCUAAAUAUACUAAUGAGAUACUGUGAAUCAUUUUUUAAAUCUUAAUUUUAUAAUGACCAAAUCAAAACAAUAGAAAUUCUAUUUAUUAAUAGCCUAAUUAAAAAUCUAUCAAAUAGUGUAUCUAAUACUUCCCUAUCCAUUGCUUGUCAUUUCGUACACAUUUUUGUUUAUUUUAGUACAUGUUUUUGGUUGUAAGAAAAAAAGGCUUUUGGAAAGUUUUUGAUGUUGGAAACAUACCAAAGCUGUAAUUUUAGUCUUGGGUCAACAAAGAUUACCUCACAACACAAUCAAAUUGAAUUUUAAAAAAUUCAGUGAAUUGGAAACAUGUUAAAUUUGGUGUGCCCAAAGUUUAUGUUGUUUAUCUUUAACAUUGAUCCAACAUUACAAUCUCAGGUCAGGUUCUCCACUAGAUUAGGCCCAAUACCAAACUUAUCUAUAACGAGUUAUUCCAUGACCAACCGUUCCUUGGUGUCCACCACAAGACAGAAGAGUAAACAGGUUCAGUUUCCAUUGUCUAAGUAUGAAUGUAUCAUUUUCUUUUCUAUUCCAGCACAAAUUCAGCAUAAAUGUUUGAACUCUGUAUGUAUAUAAAUGUACUAUUUUUGUAUAGAUUGAAAAGAAUAUAACAUAUAAAUAUUUGUAUCAUUCAUAACACCAUAUUGUGUUCUUGAUCUCACCUCAGAGGACUUAAUUUAGUUCUAAAUGGAACUCUGCACAUUUGCACUAGUUGUUUUAAUCGUUAAAACUUUUGUUUUCCCACUCAGUCAUUCCCUCUGUGUUCACCAUGUCAUGCUGUAAGUUGUUCUUGUUAGUCUAUGUCUGAGAGACAAUCAGAGCCACUAAGGGGGGUUGUCCUGUCUACCUCUCCAACCAUGACCCUAAAAAUAUAGUACCUGUCCCCUGAAUGUACACACGCCUCCUUAACUAGUGAGCCAGGCUCCAUGGAAACCUUACCGGGUGGAGUCCUCUAUUACCUACUAAAUUAGGCUUGCAGUGUUGUUAUUCAUUGUUAGUCACCCCCCCCCCCCCU